ACCAGGCGCUCUGGUCCCGCCAUGGGCUUACUGCACUGUGGGAAAUCAUGCAACUCUUGCGAUUUCCUUGAAAAAGGAAAGAUUAAGAUAAAAUUAGAUCAUGUUUCUCUGGAAAUGAUCAACCCCACAGUUCUGGUAAGGGGUGGCAGGCCAUUGGGGUAGGAUCUUCCUCAGACACCUCAGAACCAUGCAGGAUCCCUGACUGCCUUGUGAGAAAGUGCAGAUGUUUGUUGUCACAAGCAUCAUUACUUUAAAACAGAAUUGCGUUUUUCUCACUUUUUCUUUUUUUUUUUCCAGACAGGGUUUCUCUGUGUAGUCCUAGCUGUCCUGGAACUUAGCGGUCUACCUACCUAUGCUUCCAAAGUGCUGGGAUUAAAGGCAUGCAUUGCCACUGCCCGGCAACACAUUGCCUUUUUUAGGUGGAAAAAAGAAAACAUCGUGGCUAGGUAGCUUACAUUAGAAGCUUUUGAGGUGGACACUGGUUAAAGGGGUUUGUAGCUUUCAAUAAAUAUUGAUUCUCCUCAUAGAAGUGAAAAUAGGACCUGAAGGCAAGACAUGGAAGAGAGUGGUGGGAUUUCAUGCAUUAGGAAGCUUAUGUGGGAUCAAGUUGGGCUAUGAGGUUAAGAUCAGCAUCAGAGCCUGAGCUGGUCAAGGUCCCAGGAUUAGUGUUCCUGAAGGUUUGUUUUAGUAUUCGGGACCACCACCUAGGUUUGUUAGGACAGCUGAUUCCUCAUCAGUUCUAGGCCUGCUCUAGAUACAUGACCCAGUUUCUUCCACAGGACCCUACUUCUGUGUGUUGUAUUGAGGGUGUGGGAUAUGAAGCAUGGAUCCUCAUAGUUGUUAGAGUGUGGUGGCACCUGAGCUGGUUCCUAGGCAAAGAUGAGACUUCAGGACCCAGAAUGAUAAUGUGGACAGGAAGGUCUUAGCCAGUCCCAGCCUCUGGGUAUCCCAGAGUGAUAGAACACACUACUCUGAAAUAUGGACCUCUCAGCAGACUAUCACCCUUGACCACCAUCCCCAUCCUGCUCUUGCUCAUGCCUUGGCCUGGAGUGUCGUGGCUGAGAUGGCCUCCAGGACCCUAUCUCCAGAUGAAGGUGCAGCGCAGCCCUGGAAGCCAGCAGGUACCUGGCAGGUAGCUAUUGCACAGUAGCACCGCUCUUUCAAAGGUUCUGAUGACUUCCAGCCUGGUACUCAAAGGGCAGCAGCCUGUGGGAGCUGCUGAGGUGCCUUAUUUUGUGGAACUGAAGUGGUGAGUGGGGCUCAGAGCUGUUGUCUCCCCUGAAAUUUUUAGGGGUCACCAGCUCAGUGGAUACAGUAAGGCCAGCUACUGCCAGUGAUCUUUCUAGUACCAUGAAAGCUAUUCAGUUCAGUGUGGUCCUGGAUGGAAGCAGCUUCAAACAGAACGGUCCUGCUGUCCUGCUGAGAUCCUCUGCAGGGAGUCUCUAGGAACAGGAACAGAGGACACAUCCAGGCUUCUCUGUACCUCUGUUGACCUGUGUGCAGAGGCUAAGCUGCUUGGCCAGAUGUGACAGCCAAGAAUAGCAGAGUUCUGAGGGGAGGAACCAUCAGUACCUCCAAGCUGCCUGACCUCAGGAGAGACCAUGAGUUGAAUGUGAGUUUUACCUUCCUUCCUGCUCACUUGGACUGGAGAAUGCUCUACAGGAUGCCCUGAGGAUUCUUCUCCAGGACCUUCAGUGUACUUCAGAAGCAUGGGGAGGCCACGCUUUGUAACCCCUUGGCCCACUCUGGGUUUUCCACCUACUUCCUAGCUCACCCUGACCUUCCAGGCUAGGAGUUUCCAUACGAGGACCGGGGACUUCUGCUUUCACCUGUGAUCUUGGGUGGGGGAUUUCCAGCUCCAGUCCUGUGCCUCAUUCUGCAGCUUGACUAUUCCUGUACUUUAUUUUUAUUUUUAUUUUUUAUUUUUAAAACAGAUUAUCCAUCUAUAACCUAGGCUAGCCUGGAAUUUGCAGUCAUCAUGUGUUUGUCUCCUGAAAACUGGGAUUACAGGUGUGCACCAUUGUGCAUAACUAUAGCAUGUAAAUUUCCAAUCAAUUUGGGAAUUGAUAAUUGUGCCAUGUCACAGUUUAAAUGUGUGAUAAGGACACUGAAUCCCUGCUAAUUCACUUCCUUCUUCAGUACAGUGGUUUCUAUGUAAGAAAAGGUAGCCUGGGUUGAGCCCAGUGACACACAUCUGUCAUGUAUUUGGGAGAUAGGUCAUCACGAUGGUUCACCGGUUAAAAACAUUUGCCAGAACCCAAAUUUGGUUCUCAGUAUUCAUAUCAGGCAGCUUACAACUACCUAUAACUCCUGCUCCAGGGGAAUCAGACACUUCUGGCCUCCUAGGGCACCGAUGCCACAUGCGUAUAUUUUCCCUAACACACACACACAGUUAAAAAUAAACUAAAUGUUUUAAAAAAGAAAAAAGAUGGAAGCAUAGGCUAUAGAAUAAUUUCAAAUGUCAGCUUGGGCAAUUUAGUGAAACUGUUCAAAAUAAAACUUGAAGAGUGCUGUGGAUAUAGCUCAGUGGUAGAACACUUGUCCAACAUGUAAAAGAACUUAGGUUUUUAGUACUACCAAAAAUUUUUUAAAUAUUUUUUUUGAAAAAAGAAGGAAAAAAGUGCAUUGACACUGGAGAGCUGGCUUAGUAGUUAAACUUGUACUGUUCUUUUUGGAUGUUUUUCUUUUUGAGACAAGGUGUCUCUGUUAUGUAAUCCUGGUUGUCCUGAAAUUUACUAUGUAGAUUAUUAGGCAGAGCUGCCUACUUGUGUCUCCUACAUACUGGGAUUAAAAGGGUGCAAUGCCCUGGCCAGUGGUAAGAGCAUGUAUUCUAGAGGACCUAAGCUUAGUUCCUAGCACUCAGCACAGUGGCUCACAGCUGCCUUUAACCCCAGCUCUUCUGACUUCUGUGGGCAUUAUACUUAUAUUGCACAUACCUGCCUCCUCAAAGAAGAAACAAUUAAAAAUAAACAUUUUUUCUUAAAAAAAUUGCUUCUGUGCGCAUUUGUGUUUCUGUAUGUUUCAUAUACAUAUGUUGGGUACCUCCCUUCACAUGCCUCAAUGGCCCGAAGCACUUUCCAGCUUGUUAUGGCACUUUGCACACGCCCGUGUCAUAUACACAGUAACACAGGUAUAAAAUAUGUUCACAUACCUUCCUGCCUCUCCGCCUACUCUUCUCGCCCCUCCUCCAUAGCUCUUAUAGCCACAUCCUGCAAGGAAAAACCCCAGACUCCUGUGAAGGCAGAGCCCAUACAAGGAUGUGUGUGUGGGCUCAGCAGCCCACAGCACUUCUGCUCCUGGGACUCAUACUUGGAGUUACAGCCAGGCUCAACUGUGUUGAAGAUACCUACCCUCAUGGUCACAAGUGCUGCAAUGAGUGCCAGCCAGGCAACGGUAUGGUGAGCCGCUGUGAUCACACCAGAGACACUGUGUGCCACCCUUGUGAACCUGGCUUCUACAAUGAGGCGGUCAAUUAUGAUAGCUGCAAGCGGUGCACACAGUGCAACCAGCGAAGCGGGAGUGAACUCAAGCAGAAUUGCACACCUACUCAGGAUACUGUCUGCCAAUGCAAGCCAGGCACCCAACCCCGGCAAGACAGCAGCCACAAGCCUGGAGUUGGUAAGCUUCCAGGUGGCCCCCUAUACCAGGAAGACUGUGUUCCCUGCCCUUCUGGCCACUUUUCUCCAGGCAACAACCAGGCCUGCAAGCCCUGGACCAACUGUACUUUAUUUGGGAAGCAGACACGGCAUCCAGCCAGUACCAGCUUGGACACAGUCUGUGAAGACAAAAGCCUCCUGGCCACACUGCCCUGGGAGACCCAGAGCCCUACAUUCAGGCCAGCCACUGUCCCGUCCACUACAGUCUGGCCCAGGACUUCUCUGUUGCCCUCUACACCCACCUUGGUGGCUCCUAGGGGUCCUGCAUUUGCUGUUAUCCUAGGCCUAGGCCUGGGUCUGCUGGCUCCCUUGACUGUUCUGCUGGCCUUGUACUUGCUCCGAAAGGCUGGGAGGUUGCCUAACACUCCCAAACCAUACUGGGGAAACAGCUUCAGGAUCCCUAUCCAGGAGGAACAGGCUGACACACACUUUACUAUGGCCAAGAUCUGAACAGUACCUCAGGAGUGGAUUUUAUGGGGCAUAGGCAAUCCAUAUCCUGAAGCCUGCCAGUGCCCUCCACACCGUUCUAGGUGCUGGGCUGGCUCUGUAUGCUGUGCAUACUGUCUACCUGCUGGUACUCCCAAUAAACAUGCUGGCAACUGUGA